AUGGUGGGGGUGUCAUGCACGCAGGAGGCAGGGUUAGAGAGCUCGAUGCAGGGCACCAGAGAGGCGCGUUGGAAGACUCGAGGAUCAGGGCUCUCUACCGCGGACAGACUCACCGAGGCAGGGUGCGGCGGGAGCCGACGGGGCAGCGCUGCGGCGAGCGGGGUGCAGGGGCGCUCGCGAGCUCAGGGCGGCCGGGAGGGUCCCCACCACCCUCCCGUCGGGCCGUGCUGCCUUUUUGGCGAGGCGGGCGGGUGGACCCUGGACCCUGUUGGGGCAGAUGCUGCUGAAAGCCCGGCGGCGGCCGCCCUGUUCCAUCCUUCCACCACGGCACCUGUACCAACCUCGGCCCCGGCGCUGGCUCCGCCGGGCACCCUCCGCGCUGCACUCGGCGCCGCCCUGAGAGAGUAUGUCCCAGUCCAGCCUGGAUCUGGUACCAGUUUGGCUCCUUAUUAUGUGAGGUAUAGCAGCCGCACACAGCAAGCUGUCUUCUAUAUGAACCCUUACAAGAUCAACCUUGAACUUAUUUUGGAGUUGCUUGCAUAUUUAGAUAGAAGUCCCCAGUUCAAGAACAUUGAGGGUGCUGUACUGAUCUUUUUACCAGGCCUUGCCCAUAUCCAACAGCUGUAUGAUCUCAUUUCAACUGAUAGAAGAUUUAACUUGCGUGACAGGCACAGGCUGAUAGCAUUGCAUUCUGUUCUUUCAACUCAAGAUCAAGCAGCUGCAUUUGCAAUACCUCCUCUUGGUGUCAGAAAGAUUGUCCUGGCCACCAAUAUAGCAGAGACAGGUAUCACAAUACCAGAUGUUGUCUUUGUAAUUGAUACUGGGAGAACAAAAGAAAAUAGGUAUCAUGAAAGUAGUCAGAUGAGUUCUCUGGAAGAGACCUUUGUUAGUAAAGCUAGUGCUCUGCAGCGACAAGGAAGAGCUGGCCGUGUUAGGGAUGGAUUCUGCUUCCGAAUGUACACAAGAGAAAGGUUUGAAAGUUUCAUGGAAUAUUCUGUGCCAGAAAUACUGCGUGUGCCUCUGGAAGAAUUAUGCCUUCAUAUUAUGAAAUGCAGUCUUGGCUCCCCUGAAGAUUUCCUCUCUAGAGCCUUAGACCCACCACAGCAGCAAGUAAUUGGUAAUGCAAUGAACCUGUUGAGGAAGAUUGGGGCUUGUCUGUUAAAUGAGCCCAAGCUGACUCCAUUGGGCCAGCACCUUGCAGCCCUUCCUGUCAAUGUAAAGAUUGGCAAAAUGCUUAUAUUUGGCGCUAUAUUUGGCUGCUUGGAUCCUGUGGCAACUCUGGCUGCAGUUAUGACAGAAAAAUCCCCAUUUACUACACCAAUUGGUCGAAAAGAUGAAGCAGAUCUUGCAAAGUCAUCACUUGCAAUGGCAGUUUCAGACCAUAUAACAAUCUACAAUGCUUACUUGGGGUGGAAAAGGGCUCGACAAGAAGGGGGAUAUCGUACUGAAAUGACUUAUUGCAGAAGAAAUUUUCUUAAUAGGACUUCACUGUUAACUCUGGAGGAUGUGAAGCAAGAACUCAUAAGGGUGGUCAGAGCAGCAGGGUUCACAGCACCUACAAUGCAAUUUGGAUUGGAUGGAAAUGGAACCACACAAUCCCUUUCUCUCCAUGAAAUAGCUCUUCUUAAAGCCGUGUUGACUGCAGGGCUUUAUGACAACGUUGGAAAAAUAAUAUAUAUGAAAUCUGUGGAUAUUACAGAGAAGCUGGCUUGCAUGGUAGAAACUGCUCAGGGUAAAGCACAAGUGCAUCCUUCCUCUGUAAACCGAGACUUACAAACACACGGAUGGCUUCUUUACCAGGAGAAAUAUCUAAUGGUCCUGAAGUCCAUAAAAAUGAGUCAACUGAGUACUGAAGAAAAAAGGGUGAACAUCGUGAACAAGUGUGUUCAUGAUGAAACUGGUAGCUACGAAUGGUGGAAUGAGGGGUGCAUUGGGGGAUAG